AUGGCUUCAGAAUCUGAAAAAAGUAGCCACAGUCAAAGCUCAAACCCAUCUAAAGAUGUUGGUACCUCAAAAGGGAAGAAGCAGAACCCUAAUUCGAAGAACCCACAACCACAGAAGAAAAGAAGAUUACGGGAGGCUUCAGAAGAAAAGAAGAAGAGGUCAUGGGUGUGGGGCCACUUCAAAAUCGUCCAUAAGCCACUGAUGGUUGCAAAUGAAGAGGGUGUGAAGGUGGAAGCUGGAAAAACUACCCGGGCUGAAUGUAAGUAUUGCGAAUCUGAUCUAGCUUGCAACUCAACUAGGAAUGGGACUAGUACUCUCCAAAAACACCUUGAAUUGCCUUGUGAUAGUUAUCCAGGUAGUGCUAGAAACUUAAGAGAGGGUCAGAAACAUUUUGCAGUGGAUUUAGAGGGUAAAGAUGUUGUUGUUACACAUUGGACACAAGAAAAUUGCACUAAUGCUGCUGUUGAAAUGAUUGUGAUUGAUGAAAUGCCAUUUUCUGCAAUUGAAAAGAGUGGUUUUAGGAGAUUUUGUGCUGUAGCUGUUCCUAAGUGGCAAAUUCCUAGUAGGAAAGUUGUGGUUAAGUCUUUCUUAAGUAUGUACAAUGCUAAGAAAGAAGCUUUAAAAACUGAACUUAAGAAUCAUUGUGUUAGUUUGACAACCUACACAUGGACUUCUAUCCAAAACAUCAAUUAUAUGGUGCUAACAGCUCAUUUCAUUGAUGCUAAUUGGACUAUGCAUAAGAGGAUUCUUAAUUUCUGUGUCAUUCCAAAUCAUCAAGGGAUAACAAUAGGAAAGCUUCUUGAAAAUUGUUUGCAAGAGUGGUCAAUUAGGAAAGUUUUGACCAUUUCAGUUGAUAAUGCAUCUGCCAACAAGGUUGCACUGGAUUAUAUGAAAAGAAAGCUUAACAAUGGUGAUAAACAACUUGUUUUAGGGGGAAAUAUCUCCAUGUUAGAUGUUUGGCUCACGUGGUGA